AUUUGCUGCAACAAGAAAAGCCUUUUCUUUUAACCCGGCUUCCUUUGAAGAAGUAGCUCAGGAAGCUUCAUGGCCUCUCAAGAAUCUCAGGGACAAACCAAACUAAUCUUUAAGGAUUACCUCCCUGGCUCUUCUGACAUUCCUCAACAGAAUACGCCUGUUGAACCAACAAGUCUCUGGAAGCAAACAUCACACACUCAUAACUUGCCACCUGGUCUGGAGUACCUGAACCAGCUGGACCAGAUAAUUAUUCAUCAGCAAGUGGAGCUUCUGGAAGCCAUACUUGGCACAGAGACCUCCAGCAAAUACGAGAUAAAAAACCCCUUGGGACAAAGAGUUUACUUUGCGGUGGAAGAGAACGGCUGCUUUGACCGCAAGCUGUGCUCGCCCAUCAGGGCGUUCACCAUCAGGAUUGCGGAUAACGCGGGCCGCGAGGUGAUCCGAGUCAUCAGACCCCUGAGGUGCAACAGCUGCUGCUUCCCCUGCUUCCUGCAGCAGCUAGAAGUUCAGUCUCCACCAGGUACAGUAGCUGGGUACGUUGUACAGAACUGGGACCCUUUUCUGCCAAAGUUUACUAUACAGAAUGAAAGUAAAGAAGAUGUGCUAAAAAUAAUUGGCCCAUAUGCAACCUGUGGCUGUUUUGAAGAUGUUGACUUUGAGGUAAAAGCUCUCAAUGAGAUGACAACGAUCGGCAAAAUUUCCAAGUAUUGGUCUGGAUUUGUCAACAAUGUCUUCACCAACACUGCCAACUUUGGGAUCCAGGUCCCUAUAGAUCUCGACGUGAGGAUCAAGGCAGUCAUGAUUGGUGCUUGUUUCCUCAUUGACUUAAUGUUCUUUGAAAAUUCUUUGGAUGGAUUAUAACAAGAUGACAGAAACAAUGAAAUAUGCAGAAUGUGUUUCAGUAGCAGUGCAAUCAGGCUGCACGAGUUGGGAGAUCACAGGGAACCACUGCUGCCACCUUUCCCAGGAGGAAGCGUCCUGUGAGCUUCGUGGGCAAGAAGCUCCCUCGUGUGGAAAUUCCGGAAUUUGCAGAGGAAUACAGAAUUUGCAGAGGAGCACAGAAUUUUCAGAGGAACACAGGAUGCUUUUUGCUGUUCUCGCUAAUCUCACACUGGUGUCGUUCUGUCAAAUGCAGCUCCCGCAUGCCUGACUGUAGACUGAGAAAAAGAACCAGAUUAUUUUUUUCUGUUUAAAUCCCUUUGCCAUCUUAGACAGAAGUCACUGCUCUUGUAGCCCAUAAUCUUGGCUCUCGUGCGCUGUUACUGAGCUGUGUGUGUCUGAACACUCGACUGUAUUCAGUGCCUUAAGAUCAGCAGGAUCCCCACCUAUAUUCCACUUUUCCCCUGCAAUUUCCAGUCUUCUUGUGGCCCUCAGCAUUUCUCUAAGCAAAUGUGUCCAACCUCAUUGAAGUCAAUACAAAAUAAGGUUUUAUUUACCCGCAGGGCUGAGUUUGGCUGUGAGUGUCCAUGUAUAUAACUUGUAGGUAAGCAAUAUGUGCAUAUAAUUUGCAGUUAAUUUCAACCAGAUGAUAACACUGGAUUUCUUGCACUUAGUGACUUUGUUGCUGUUUUUUGUGUUAAUUCAAAGGUUUUUUGCUGUUAAUAUGUAUGUAUAUGAGUAUGUUUGAAUGCCUCUGUUUACACUCAGAGGCAGCUUCUGGGACAUACAAGAGCAGGCUCAUCCCCUGGAUAAAACAAGCAGUGGGGCUGGGAUAGCUCUUGGUGCUUACAGCUCCCUCAGCAGCCUGCUUGACCUCUGUGCCACCCUUCCACCAGCAUCCUGGUGGAAAUUCAGUGCCAAUGCCAGUGCUUUUGCAGCUGGGAGGUCACUCAGCUAAACCACAGCUGCCACACAGGGCAGAUAUCCAUCCUCAGCAGAGUUUAUGGAUUCUGAAUGUUAUUGCUAAAGAGCUGAUGUGCUCUAAGAUCUUAAUAACCUGCAACUCUAACUAUUACUCUUUCUUAUUAAAGGCAAUGCGUUUCAUGUUAUGAAAGCUACAUAUGCUCACUUUUCACAGUUCCUCCAUGGGCUAGGAGUGGCUCCCAAAGGAGAAUUCAAAAUCUCUCAAAGGGUCACAAGGUUUUUCUAAAGCAAAUUCAUGUCCUGGAUAUCAUCUAGAAAGAAACAUGCUUGCUCUAAAGAAACAGACAUUUUUGUUAAUCCAGCCAAGCAAAUAUUUCUGAUCAGUAGCCAAACUGUAAAUCUGUGUAGCUCACACUCCUCGUGUUCAGUAGAUGGCAGCAACAGUUCAUUAUGACAGUAUUUAGCUUUUCACACAUCAUAAGCUGUACCCAGGAUGCUGAUGGAAGUUCAACAUACCUUUAACCUCUAAUUAAAUUCUACUCUUAACUGAAGGAUUUUAUUUUCUCUGUCUGAUAUUAAACCUUUGCCACACAAUACUGGAUUAUCUGUAUUGCCUGCAAUUUACAGCUGAACUAUGGAUUAUUUUAUGAGAUCUGGUCAGGGCAUGGGCAGAAUACAGUGUACCACAAAGUGAGCUCCUCUGGUCAGUACCCAACCUAUUUUUUUGCACCUGGAGCAUCUCUCCAGCUUCUGCAGGUGGACAGAGGACACUCCCCACCUUCUGCAGAAACAGAAGGUGCCAUGUGUAAAGGAGAAUGCUGUGUGGUGCUGUACCUAGAAAG